GUGAAAUCGUUGGAUACAGAUCUCUGUAUGUUAAAAAACAAUAAUAUAACCUAAAGAAGUUAUUAGGUGAUGACACUUAAUUUUGUUUUAUCAGAAUUUUAUAAAUAAAUUAAUACAUAAAGAUGAAUAAUUCAAAAAAAAUUAAUGUCAACUUUUCUUCACUCGUGGGGUUAAAAGCUGAAUUGCUCCGAAAACAAAUGGAAGUUCAAGAUGCUAAAGCAAAAGUAGACUCUACUACUUUACAAGUACCUAAAAUCAAGUUAAAAAAUAAAAAAAAGAAUGUUUCUAAAGAGAAGACAAAUAAAGUGCCUGAAGUCACAGAAAUAGAAGAUGUAAACAUGUUAAAAAAAUCCAAGUACAUGCUUCAAGCUAAAUCUAAGUUGUAUGAGAAACUUAAAAAAAGCCAUGGUGAUGGUGAUCAUCAUUAUUUAGUAGAUUUUGAAAACAAAUCUGAUGAAUCCGAAGACGAUAUUCAUAAAGAAGAAGAUUAUGAUGAUGAAAAUUCCGAUCCAGAGGAAGAUUGGGUUGAAUAUCAAGACUGCUUUGGACGAACAAGGAAAUGUUUGAGAAGAGAUUUACCUAGAAUGAUGGAUAAAGAUAAUUUAGUCAAGAAAGAAAUAACAAAAGAUCCUCCAGAGGAACAUCAACAAGUUGAAAAACCUAUAUUUAUUGAGCCAGAAAAAGAGCCAGAAAUUGUUAUGAUGAGGAAAAAAUGGGAAGAGCAGACUGAAAGACUAUCACAUAAAACAGAUAUUCACUAUCAAGAUAUUUUAUUCGAUGAAGCACGAAGUCAUGGUGUGGGUUACUUUGCUUUUUCUCAAGAUGAAUCUGAAAGAGCAAAACAACAAGCAGAAUUAGCAAAAUUACGAAAAGAAACAGAAGAAAGGCAAAAAGAGCUUCAGAAAAUUAAAGAUUUGAAACAAAAAAUGGAACAAAACAGAUUAAAAGCAGCAAGAAUUCGACAAAGAAUAAGAGCAGGGCUUCCAGCAGAGUCUGAUGAUGAAAAAACUGUUGAAACAAAUUCAGAACAACCUACUAAGGAAUUAAGUCAAGAUAUGAAUGCAGUUACUUUACCUUCAAAAACAGAUGAAUCAGAUGAAAAUAGUGAGCAACCUGAAAAAGAAGAACAAAGCUUAGCAGUUAUUGAAGAUAAAAUCAAAGCAUUUGGUGAGCUUUUAGGCAAAAGACCAAAAUGGCACGAAUUAUCACAAGAGGAAUGGAUUGAAAAACGUCGUAAAGACCGACAUGGAGAAUUUGCUCCUGUUUAUGAUAAUUUUAAAAGUGCAGGAUUUCUCAAGCAAGUUCAAGAAAAUAAAGAUUAUCAACUUCUUGUAAAAGAAAGUAAUAGUAAUGAUCCUUUGAGAAUCCCUGGCAGUGGCCCAGAACCUACUGACUUAUGGGAGUCUUCAGGUAUAAUGAGUCGCGAACAAAAUGAUCCUGUCAGUAAUGAAACAGAUCAAUCAAGUUCAGGACAAAAUGUUGACGAAUUUAACUCUAUGAAAGAUCAAAAUAUCAGAGUGAAUAAUGCACUUCAAAUUCAAAAAAAUCUUCUAGAAACCUCUGUACCAGUUUGUCCUGUACCUCCACCAUUAUUCGAUACUUCUAUAUCUCCUCCUUCUAUUAUUAGUGCAAUUCCUCCUUUACCUAUAAUUCCUUCAAUGCAACCUUUAGUAAAUUCAAAUUAUAUCCCUAUACAUAAUGACUUUUAUCAUGUUCCUCCUUCUUGUCCCGAUGCUUUUAUCAGUAAAACAUUAUCAAAUCAAUCAUUGUUAAUUAAUUCCAACACGAAAAAUUCCCUAAAUCUGGAUGAAAAUGAAGAACACAAAGAUAAAUCAUGUGACAAGUCUGAUAGUGAUGAUUCAGAGAUUAUUGGACCUAUGCCACCAACAUUGUUAAUCGAUAAUAGUGAAGAUCUUUCACAAAUUCCAUUGCCGAGUGAUAGUAAUGCUUGUAUAAAUGUAAACAAGACGAUUAUAAAUGUCAAUAAAGAGACAAAUCUAAAUGUUGAUAGAAUUGCAGCAGGACUUAAAUAUUUAAGACAACAAUUUGAUAAUAAUCACCACAGCUAACAAAUAUAUAGAAUAUUUUUACAAUAAUCAAAAUCUAAUUAGAAUUAGUCACUCUUAUAGUUAAACAUAUUUUUAAAGUACUUGUGAUGACUGUAAAUAUAGAAUGAAAAUUU